AUAGGCCCUGGCGGAACCGUUCCGAUGCUGGCUCGUGCGACGAUAGUAGAUUUCCGAGGUCAAAUGCUCCUGGAUACAUAUGUCCAACCUACCGCCCCAAUCACGAACUAUCGAACGUACACGACAGGAAUCACCGCUGAGCUCUUGUAUAACGAGUCGGCUUUGCCGUUUGAUCGCGUCCAGGCUACCAUAGGCGAGAUUGUCCGCGACAGGUUUAUCAUUGGGUAUACUCUGUGGUGGGACUUCUCCAUUCUUGGAAUCAGGCACCCAGCCAAAGACACUCGAGAUGUCGGACUAUAUCUGCCAUUCCGCGCCGCUCUGGGACAACCAAACAACGUCCUGGGUCUUCCGACCCUUGUCUGGCACUUCAUGCGCAGACGCAUCGCGAUGCGCGUACAUGACUCGGCGGAGAACGCACGCGCAGCCCUUGACUUGUACCGUUCCAACGCCCAACAGUGGGAAGGAUUCGUGGUGGCAGGGGAUUGGCCUUGUGCCCUCCCUCCUGUCACAUACGCACGCUGCUUCACGUAG